ACAAAUACAGUGACUGAUUUUGUAUUAACCGCAUGGUAUAUAGUUUAAAAUUGCACAUAUCACUUAAGUAUGAUGUUCUUCAUGCGAUAUAUUAAAAAGCUGUUUGUUUUGAAUACAAUGUAAACGGAUAUUUAGCGGUGGUAUACUUGCCGAUGAAUAAAUAUACCGCAAUAUGGCAGAGCAACAACAGUCACCUCCUGGUUUUAAACGUAUGUCUUUAGAUAAAAUUAUCGAAGCUAUGACUGCUGAUUUGGAAAGUUCUAAUGGUCAUUAUGUCCAAUUUGGUGUAAAUCCACAACAAGCUACAUCUCAUAAUUGGGGAGAUUAUUCUUCGGGCCAAACAAGACACUAUAUUACUAGUCAAACUCCGCCGUCUAAUCCACCUACAAUGCAAUCAAUGACUCCAAUGAGUACUCCUCUUUACAUGCAAGAUAUGUCCAGUUACGACUCCACAACAGAUUCAAUUUAUUUUCCAUCACAGACAGUAAAUCAUUUAGGUAUAAAUGAAAAUAAUGAUUUAAUUGGUACAAUAGAUGUUGGUGGAGGCAAUUAUAUUAAUGUAAUUUAUGGAAAUGCUUCACAAAUCAUGGCAGAACAAUGCCAACUUUCAAAUAUAACAUCAUAUAGAAAUCAAAAUAUGAUCGACCGAGAAUAUGGUCUAUUUAAUGAUCGACACAUUACAGUACCAUCUGAGUUGCCAACUCAAAAUUUCAAUGGAAAACAGCUAAUCGACAAUUUAGUUGGCAAUUGGGUACCAAACCAAUCUGGUACUUACAGCCCCUUUGGUGGUUCUCCAAAUGUAACACCGGUACCACAAUCAAAUGCAGAUGUAAAAGAAUCCGAAGAGCUUCCCAGAUGUUCUACAGAUUCUCAACAUAGAAAGCCUCGUGUAGUAGCAGAAGUUAAACCUAUGCGGCCUUCUUAUUCCGAUGUAUUAACAAAAUCUGCUCCAACACCUCCAUCUCCAUUAACAGUUCAAUCCAUAAAACCUAAACCCGAAUCUAUAAGUAAGAAGAUCUCCAACAAAAAUUCAAAGAACAAAUCUAAAUCUGCAGUAUUGAAGAGACAAUAUUCAUCCGGAAGCGAUGAUCAUAAUUCUCCAAAAAUACAAGUACCACGAAAAGUUUUAGAAAAGAAUAAUUCAAAUCUUCCAAGACGUUGGGUGUCGUUGGAUAACCUUGGCUUGCAAACUGAAUCCCAUGAAAUAAAUACUUUUGAUAGGUCUAAUCAAUUUGAAAAGAAAAAAAUUUCAAAAACUCCCAAGAAGGCAGAAAAGGGAGAAACGCUUAAUAAUUCAAAAAUUCAAAAUAGUAACUCAAAAUCUAUUGGAAAUUUUCUUAAACGACCUAUACAAAUAAAUAACAAUUUGAACACAAUAAAUACUUCUAGCCAAACCGUUUCUCCUGAAAAAAUGGAAAAAAAUCAACAAGUUGUAAAUAAAUCAAAUAAAGAAGAGAAAAAAGUUACCAAGGAAAAGAAUUGUAAACGUUUUCAAGCUGAAAAAGCACAGCAAAUUAAGAAAGCUCAAAGAAAUCGAAGAAGAGAGAAUAGAGAAUCUCCCGUGAAAGAUUUGUGUAAAAAUUUAAAUAAGUAUGCCAGUCGUUGGUGCAAAAUUGGAUUAAAAAUAUUUCAUUGGUUGUUACACUUAGUGUCCGACGUAGUUAGUAUGAGUGCUAAUCUCAUUAUUCAACUUUGUAAAUGCGGAUGGUAUCAUACUAUACUAUAUUUAAAAUACUCAUGGAUUUACAUAGCUGUAACAUUUUCAAAAAUUCGUAUUUUAAAUGCUGUUGGCAAACAAUUAGAUAAUUGGUUUGGAAAUAGUAAAUUUGCAUUUUGGCGCAAAAUAAAAGCUAAAAGUGAAGAAAAAGAAGAAAAUAGUAACUGGAUACGUGGUGGUCUUGAAACUAAUAUUGCAUUACCUAGCACUGGUGAAGAAGCUAUGAAGAGAUUAUUAGCUUGUAAAGGAAAAGAUCCUUACAGUAUACUUGGUGUAACACCAACGUGUUCAGACGAUGAUAUUAAAAAGUAUUAUAAGAGACAAGCUUUUUUGGUGCAUCCGGAUAAAAAUAAUCAGCCUGGUGCAGAGGAGGCAUUCAAAAUACUUGUACAUGCCUUUGAUAUAAUUGGUGAACCGGAACGUAGACAAGCAUUUGAUCAAACUAGACAAGUAGAAGCAGCUUGGGGUGAAUUGAGCGAUUUACUCUCUCAACUUCACAGAAAGAUGGAACAGGCAGCAAAUACAAUAAGGUGUACGAAUUGUGGUUUGAGGCACAAAAGAAUACCUACACAACGUCCUUGUUAUGCAGCACGAUUUUGUGCUCAAUGUAAAAUACGUCAUAGUGCAAAAGAAGGAGACAUCUGGGCAGAAUCUCGUUUAAUGGGUUUCCUUUGGCAUUAUUAUGCAUGCAUGGAAGGAGCAGUAUAUGAUGUCACUGAUUGGGCAGCUUGUCAAGCUGGUAAUUUAAAACAUCUGAGAGCAAAUACACAUAGCGUACAGUACAGGAUUGUCUUGGGCCAACGACCACCUUCACAAGCAGCCAAUAGUGGUAAAAAACGUCAACAAAUAGACCCAAAUACGAGCGAAGCAGAUUUUGAAGACUUUUUAAAUAAUCUAUACAAUCACAGCAAGACCGGAACUUCAAGCGCACCAGGAGAUCAAAACUCCUUUAGAGAUUGUAAGCGACGUAAAGCUAAACACGUCAACCAAGAUGAAUUGAUUAUUCAACAACAAAGGCGAAUCGAAAAAGAGAUUUCUGAAUCUAUCGCUCUAGUUGGAGAAAAAGAAUCGAUUAAGAGCUUGGAACGUGAAUACACAGAAGACGAUGUAUAUCUUUCUAAAACUAAAGUACUGGGUCAAAAGUAUUCUUACAUUAGAAGAACCAGGCCAGAUGGAAAUUGUUUUUUUAGAGCCUUUAGUUAUGCAUAUUUAGAAAAACUAAUUGGAAAUAAAGAUGAAUAUGAAAAAUUUCGUGAAUUUGCGUUAAAAAGUAAAGACAGUUUGGUAGCAUUAGGUUUUCCCCAAUUUACGGUCGAAGAUUUUCACGAUACGUUUAUGGAAGUAAUCGACAAAGUAGGAGGAGGUGCAGAAUCAAGUUACAUCGAACUACACAAACUUUUCAAUGAACAGGGUUAUUCCGAUUAUGUCGUUGUAUAUCUUAGAUUAAUUACAUCUGGUCAAUUACAACGCGAAGCUGAUUUUUAUCAACAUUUUAUAGAAGGAGAACGUACUAUUUCAGAAUUCUGCCAUCAAGAAGUGGAACCAAUGUACAAAGAAUCUGAUCACAUUCACAUUAUAGCAAUGAGUACUGCUUUAGGAACUGGAGUGCGAGUUCGUUACAUGGAUCGAGGUGCAGGAACCGAAGUAACUGCACAUGACUUUCCCGAUGGUGCCACUCCAGCGGUUCAUUUAUUAUAUCGUCCUGGUCAUUAUGACAUUCUUUACCCUUGAUAAAUUUCGCACAACAACAAUUU